AUGAUGGGAGCUGCUGGCCUGAAAGGGCCCGGUGGAGCCGCCGUCUUUGCGCGUCAAAGACUAAAUAUGGCCUCUCGAUCUACUCGAUCGAUAUCAACUUUCCGGCCGCAACGCUUCCAGACUCCCGGUCAGAAGAGCCAAUUGACGCUGAAUUCCUCUGGAAUCGCUUCCUGGCGCUCGGCUUCCACUGCAGUCGGCCCUGCUGCCGUUCGUUUCAACUCGACCUCCAAUACGACUCCCGCUCCUUCUCCGGAAACCAACGCACCGGCCGAUGUCAGUGACAUCGGCUUUGACAUCUCCCAAAUCCCGGAAAAGAUCGGAUAUCUCAAGGAGCUUGGACUGGAUUACGGUUGGGGCACAUCGUCAAUGGUUCAGUAUGCGGUCGAGCAUCUCCACAUGUGGACCGGUCUUCCAUGGUGGGCUAGCAUUGUUGGUGUUGGUCUAGCGAUCCGUGUGGCCCUUUUGAAAUCUAUGAUUGAUGCUUCCGACAAUGGCGCCAGGAUGCACAACUCUAGGCCUUUGCUUGAUCCGCUCCGGCGCGAAAUGAUGGUUGCCCAGAAGAAUGGCGAGACUGCCAAGUUCCAAAUGAAGAGGCUAGAGAUGUCCAAGCUUCAUUCCGAUUAUGGCAUCAAACCCUGGAAAUCUUUUGUUCCUAUGUUGCAGAUCCCCUUUGGUUACGGCGUGUUUCGGGUCGUCCGUGGCAUGACCUCUUUGCCAGUACCGGCCUUGCUGGACGAGUCUAUUCUCUGGCUGAAUGACCUGACCGUGUCCGACCCCCUGUACAUCCUGCCAGCCAUCUCAGGAGCUUGCAUGUACUUGACAUUCAAGAAAGGAGGAGAGACUGGAACUAUGGACAUCAUGAAGACCUCUGCCGGUAAAGCGAUGCUGUUCGGCCUUCCGGCAAUCUCGUUUGCUUUUAUGGCAUUCAUGCCGAGCGCGCUUCAGCUCUACUUUUCAACCACUGCCAUUUUCGCAGUCUUUCAAUCUUACGCUAUCAACAACGUCGCCUUCCGCGAAAAGCUGGGUAUGGCAGUUCCCAUCAAUCACCAAGGCAAGAAAGAAGCGAAGUCCAAUUUGGAACGCUUGCAAGAUCGGGUGGCAGGUAUAGAGGACAAGGAGAUUCAGGCCCAAAGUGCUGGAUCAGGAAGUCAGAAAACCAGCAAGUUCGACCAAAUCUAUGACAACGCCGCCAAAUGGGGCAAACAGGCCAAGUUAGACCUUAACGAGAAGCUGCGUGAGGCCUCAGGCCAAGUCACCAAGAAUGCAGACGGUUCGCCUGUGGCCGCACCCCGUCUCACGGCAGCCGAGAAGCGUGAAGCCGAGCUGUAUGAAGCAAAUGCGAAGGCGCGGGAGAUUUACGCCCGGGAGGAGCGGAACCACGCCCGCCGGAGUGGUCAAAUGAGGACACUCGCCAAUGAGAGAAGGAAGGCUGAGGAGUCUCUGAAGAGAUACCAGGCUGCCCGGAAGUAA